AUGGUCGUGUGUCAAACACGUACUGUGGACAUGCUGUGUUGGAGACCCUACUCGGAACUGCUGCAGGAUGGUUUUAAAGAUGAUGUGGUGGGGGUUGAAGCUAUGAAGAGAGUACUAGAAAGUCUCAACCUCAAUAUAGUAGAGAUGGUAGAUGAAAAUGCAACCUUGGAUGGUGGAGAUGUCUUAUUUACAGGCAGAGAAUUUUUUGUGGGUCUUUCCAGGCGAACAAAUCAACGUGGUGCAGAAAUUCUGGCUGACACAUUUAAGGAUUAUGCUGUCUCCACAGUUCCUGUUCAUGAUUCUUUGCAUCUGAAGAGCUUUUGCAGCAUGGCUGGACCAAACUUGAUUGCUAUUGGAUCAAGUGAAGCUGCGCAGAAAGCCCUCAAG